ACCAAGAUGGAUUCCUCGGUGGCUAUGAAGACAUUUGACUUGGAGAACGACGUAGAAGAAGUCGACCUAAUAUACACCUAUGACGAGGAUGCUCAGAGGGAUAUAAACAAUAAACGCCCUUGGAAGCAAGACCCACAUUACUUUAAGCGUGUCAAGAUAAGCACUGUAGCACUCAUAAAGAUGGUUUUACACGCUAGAUCAGGCGUACCAUAUGAAGUAAUGGGUCUCAUGCAAGGAAAGCUGGAAGGUGAUACUAUGAUUAUUAUGGAUGCCUUCGCUUUACCAGUACAGGGUACCGAAACACGCGUUAACGCAUCAAGUGAAGCCAAUGAGUUCAUGGUUAAUUGGUUAAAUGGUAGUAAAUCAGUGAACAAACCUGAGAAUGCACUUGGCUGGUAUCACUCUCAUCCAGGCUAUGGCUGUUGGCUGAGUGGUAUAGACGUAACGACCCAAUCAACUAAUCAACAAUUCCAAGAUCCUUGGGUUGCGGUUGUUAUCGACCCUAACAGGACGAUUUCAGCUGGACGUGUCGAUAUCGGCGCUUUCAGAACGUAUCCUCAAGGAUAUAUGCCACCAAAGAGUACUUCUAUUGAUCAAAAUAUCCCACAGUCGAAAAUUGAAGACUUCGGUGUACACGCUAAUGCUUAUUACCAACUUGAGGUUUCAAUUUUCAAGAGUAGUCUUGAUAAGAAAUUGCUUGACCUGCUUUGGAAUAAGUAUUGGGUAAAUACGCUCUCACAAAGCAAACUGAUUACAAACCGCGCUUAUUUGACAGACCAGAUUAGCGACCUUCAAGACAAGCUCAAAGAAGCUGAGAUGGGCUUGUAUGGCAGAGGAAAUGCCGAAAAAUCAGAUGAUGACUCCGGAUUGGUAAAGGCAGUACGUUUGAGCAACCGUAUAGCAGUUGAAGGUCAACUCGGUUUAAUCUCACAGAUGGCCAAAGACGCACUUUUCAACAGAAGUGGUUGCACACAUAAUCAUGACAAGUUACGUGCAUCUGCUGAUACUGUUUCACGAUUGAACACAGAACAAACUGAACCAAUGCAGAUGUAAUCUGUUUGCUAUACCAAAAUUAACUAUUCUUGUAUCUUUUGCAUUAUAAGCUUUCAUCCACUUCCCGC